AGGUUUCGUGAAUUUAUUUUCUCUCUCCUGCCAUUUCAAGGCAUCCUGGAGUUCUUCCACCACCAGCUCAAGGACAUCAUUGAAUACGCCGAGCUGAAGACGGACGUCUUCCAGAGCUUGAGGGAGGUCGGGAACGCCAUCCUCUUCUGCCUGCUCAUCGAGCAAGCUCUGUCCCAGGAGGAAGUGUGUGACCUGCUUCAUGCCGCCCCCUUCCAGAACAUUCUUCCCAGAGUCUACAUCAAAGAGGGAGAGCGACUGGAGGUGAGGAUGAAGAGGCUGGAAGCGAAGUACGCCCCUCUCCACCUGGUGCCUCUCAUCGAGAGGCUGGGAACUCCUCAGCAAAUAGCCAUCGCGAGGGAGGGGGACCUGCUGACCAAAGAGCGCCUCUGCUGCGGCCUCUCCAUGUUCGAGGUCAUCCUGACGCGCAUUCGCAGCUUCCUGCAGGACGCCGUGUGGCGCGGGCCCCCGCCCACUAACGGCGUGAUGCACGUGGACGAGUGCAUGGAGUUCCAUCGCCUGUGGAGCGCCAUGCAGUUCGUCUACUGCAUCCCCGUCGGCACGCACGAGUUCACAGCGGAGCAGUGCUUCGGGGACGGGCUGAACUGGGCGGGCUGCGCCAUCAUUGUGCUGCUCGGACAGCAGCGCCGCUUUGACCUCUUCGACUUCUGCUACCACCUGCUCAAAGUCCAGAGGCAGGACGGCAAAGACGAGAUCAUCAAGAAUGUGCCACUGAAGAAGAUGGCAGACCGCAUCAGAAAGUACCAGAUCCUCAACAAUGAGAUAUUCGCCAUCCUCAACAAGUACAUGAAGGCGGUGGAGACGGACAGCUCCACUGUGGAACACGUUCGCUGUUUCCAGCCCCCUAUACACCAGUCCCUAGCUACCACCUGUUGAAAAGGAAGAGCCUUGAAAAGAUAGUGCACACACAGACAUACUCUAAAAACAUACUCUCUCGCAUACGCACCUACACACACGCAUACAUUCCCUCCUUUAGCUGUGAUGCUAAUCUCUGCCUCGCCGCAGCAGCUUUAAGAAUCCACUG